CUGCUAAAAAAAAAAACCUUAUAGUUUCAAACACAAGUAAGCUAGCUUUCCGAGGAUAACAGCCGUUGAGAGUCGACGAGAGUUUCUACUCAUGUCGGCCAGGAGCAACGGUGUGGAGUGGGUCGAGACAACCGAGGAGGUUGUUGUAACGGAGGAGUGCCUCCCCAGUGAAAACAGCAGCCCUGCAGUGUUACCGGUUUUAGAGGCAGCAGAAACGCCAAUCCAGAAGCUGCUGGACACUGUGGGACAUGGAGACAAUCCAGAGAGUGAAAAUGGCUUCUACUGUGAGGAGUGUCUGACUCUCUUCCAGGACCAGAGUGACCCUGAAAACAUUAAUGGCCCGUCUUUUAUUAUUGACUUUCCAACGAGCAUUGGCGUCCCGCAGAGGGCCCUCCUCACUUUACCCUACGGCCUGAUGAUAGGCAGAUCCAGUAUUCCCUGUGCUGGGGUCGGGGUCAUAAAUCACGGACCGAUAGUGUCUCCUGGGAUGCAUUUUGGACCGUGUGAGGGAGAAAUGACAACAAGGGAAAAUGCCAUGGCGAGUGACUUCUCCUGGGAGAUUUACAAGGGAAAAGAUGAGUAUGAGUACAUCGACGCUGCCAAAGAAACCCACUCAAACUGGAUGAGGUACGUCAACUGCGCUCGCAAUAAAGACGAAACAAACUUGCUGGCGGUCCAGUACAAAGGCAGCAUCCUUUUUCACUGCUGUCGCACCAUACAUACCGGAGAUGAGCUCAUGGUGUGGCCCAGCAACAGACUUCUCAACCAGUUUAGUGAAGCUUGGACCCAGAUGUGGUUUUUGAAGCUGAAUGCAACAGAGAACAACAUCUCUGCGACAUCUCAGAUCUUCCUGUGCUCCCACUGCCAGCUGUCCUUCACUACAGAGGCCUUCCUCCAGCGACACACAGAAUACUUCCACGCUCAGCCCAAAGCAGCCGAAGAUCACGCCCCCGGUGCUGACUCAGGUCACUCUGCGGCAUCCUUGGUGGUGUUGUCUGUUGAUUCCGUAGAUGCCAAAACGUGUGACGAUUGCGGGAAGAGUUUCAAGCAAAUACCUCACCUCAGGAGGCACAAGCUUUGCGUCCACUCCAACAGACGCCCCUACUGCUGCCCACACUGCAGGCGAAGCUUCAGCCAGGCAUCUGGCUUAAUCAGACACCAGCUCGUUCACAGGAAGCAAGCUGUGAUACAAACUCCUGAUGAGAGCAAACUCCUCGACAAAGGAGAGAGCGCGACACCGAGGUCGGAACUUUUUCAUGCUGCAGAUCCAGCGGCAUCUGAGGAAACAGAAGAGCUGAGCAUAAAUGAGAAUCAACAAGAAGCUGUGGAUGUAACUGAAACUGCAAAUGCCUCUGCAGAUGAGGCAGAAAUCGGCCAGUGUAGCUGCUCAGACUGCGGUAAAAGCUUCACGAAUGAAGCGUCCCUGAAAAAGCACAAAGUGACGGUCCACGAGAGGUUACGUCCGUACGUCUGCACUGUGUGUCAGAAAUGCUUUGGCCAGUACAACGACUUGACCAGGCAUCUGCAGCGUCAUCAGAAACAGAAUAAGAGAACAGGGGUAAUAAGCGAGGAUCCAGAGGACUCGGCCAACACGAUGCCCUUCAGCUGUGCCGAAUGUUCGCUAGCGUUUUCUUCCGUGGAAAGCCUUCAGCAGCACAUAAACGAGCAUCACUCAGAAGACACCGCAGUUGGGAAUCAAGAAGAAUCAAUCCAAAGCCUUCCCACUCAGAGGCCUCAGCGGCUCGGAGCGAGAUCUAAACUUUCUGCCAUAACCAAGCUCAUCGCACCGAAACGAAAGGCAGCGAAUCCCGCUCCUGCUGAGAGGAGCUCAGCCGAACCAGAGGCACCCGCUGGGAAAACUGGCAAACUCACGAAAUACAAAUGGUUCAGCUGCAAUCGCUGUAAGCAAACGUACGGAAACCCAGAAGAUCUCAAAGCGCACAAGUGCACUUUAAAACAGCACAAGUGUGGACAGUGCAGGGCGACUUUUAGCAAAUCCGGCUUCCUGAAAAGACAUGAGCAGAUGGUGCACGCGAAGGCAAAAUCUUACAGCUGCGACCGCUGCGGUAAAACCUUCACGACAUCCGGAAACCUCAAACAGCAUCAGAAAAGCAACACGUGCAUGAAGUAUCACUGCACGUCGGAGCUUUUCCCGUGUUCGUUCUGCCAGUUCUCCUUCACCGUGAAGAGCUACCUUAUUAAACACAUCAAGAGGCACCACCCUGUCGAGUUCCUGUCACACUGCGAUUCAGACAGCUUAAUGGACCAGCUAGAGGAAGAGGAGGGGCAGAAAGAAUACACAUGUCCGCAAUGUGGAAAAAGCUGCGCCGACACCAAAGCUUUCAAAUCUCACACGUGCUUCAGGCAGGUGAAGGUUCUGUACUUGUGCACCGACUGCGGGAAGGGCUUCACCAACCACUACGGCCUGAAGCAGCACCAGCGCGUUCACACGGGCGAGAAACCGUACAGCUGCACCCACUGCAGCAAGAGCUUCUCGUACAUCGGCCAGCUCAACGUGCACCUCAGGACUCACACCGGAGAGAAACCCUACCUGUGCACCCACUGCGGGGAGAGCUUCCGGCAGUCGGGAGACCUGAAGCGACACGAGAGGAAGCACACGGGGGUGAGACCCUACAGCUGCCCCGAGUGCAGCAAAAGCUUCAGCCGUCCGCAGAGCCUCAAAGCUCACCAGAUGCUCCACCUGGGACAGAAAAUGUUCAAGUGCACACAGUGCGGGAAGAGCUUCUCCCGCAGCUAUCAUCUCAGGAGACACCAUCAGAAGAUGCACAUGUGAUUGGAAAACACCGGGAAAGAGCUUCAAUCGCUGCCAUUGAUUUGCACUAAAAACGUCAUGACUGCUCAGAGAAUAUUCCAAUUUCUUGCACAUUUAUCAUUAUUUAAAACCAAGCAUUUAAUAUCCAAAUAAUACAGAUUUACGUUAUUUGAAUACAGAGCAUUCAUUUGAGAUUUUGCAAGAAAAAAAAAAAAACACAAAGAAACGCUUCUUGUCUCAGUGUCCGCUUGCUUUCAAAAAUAAAAACCACCAACUUGCUCUUCACUGUUGACCAUUUAUUCCACAAAACAUACAAUGCAAAGCAUGUGCACUGUACAAGCCUUAAUAUUAUGAAAAUACUCAUAACCAUGCCUGUUUUUUUUUUUUUUGUUUUUUCAAUUCAGUAAAUUUUGUAGUCAUCCAGAUCUACUACUGUUUUUUUUUUUUAAACGACACAGUAUAACUUUGUCUAUUGGACGUUACUUUUUGCAUUGCUUUUGUCAGUUUUUGUCCUUGUUGUUAGCUCAUAUUUCCACCUUUGACUAUAUUAUAAAUAUUAAGUAAAAUUAAAAUAUUUCAGUCUGACCUGAACUAUACAAACAUACUGGUAUGACAGUUGACACAAGUAGACUCAAUUUUUGAAACUGUGCGUAAACUGAAACAGGUAUAAACCUGGCAGUGUUUUCCAUGUGCUACACACAGCGGUGUCAAGUGCAGCUGCUGGUUAGAGACAAGCUUCUUAAAUUUAAAACUUUUGCUGCUGGUAACGGCUUCUUCAGCAUCCCAGUCCAGUAAUGUUUCUUAUAUCAGUAGUCCUAACUAAUAACCAGUUACACAUAUUCCUUGACAACAUCCACUUGAAGGGGGGAGAAAAGAGAAAAAAAAAAAAGAAAAGAAAAAGAGAUCCAUUGUCAUUUGUGGCACAGCAGUUGUGGAGGCUUGUUUCCGUGGUCCUUUUUUUUUUUCGUUUUGUUUUUUUGAAAGAAGUGAGGGGUUGAAACCAGAGGAUAGGUUCGCUCUUUAUCGAGUCCUUAAUGUGUAAAAAAUACACAAACACUUCUGAAAGGUAGGCAGCAGGUGGUUCUCAAGGUUAUGUGACAAGAUCCCUAUGAAGGUUGGGUUAACCGUUUGUACAAGACAACCUCCGACUUGUUCCCGUUUGAAUUCGUUCCAGUGAAGCACCACGUUCGAGGUCUUCUUCAGUGCAAUCUCUGUCCAAUUUACACGUCUCCAUCGCGCAAAAUAUACAACAACCCUCAGUCUCAUUAGUUUAUAUUAUGUUAAAUGUUAUACACAUUAAAAUUUUUUACAAACCAAACUGAUUGUUAAACCACACAGUAUCACAUCUGUACAAACUCAGAAAAAGAACAAAACAAACAAAAGGUCACAAAUUUAGGCGAAAGAAAGAAAGGAUUUUGUUUUUUUUGGCAAUUAAAAGCAACAGCCUGGUCUGUCACAAAACCACAAAUUAAGGGAUUAAAAUAUUGAAAAUGAAAAAAAACAAAUAAAAAGGAACAGCACAUCGAGAGCUCAACGGUAGAGUCUGUGUUUGUGAUGAUUUAAAAACUGUUCUUCUCCUAAAUGUUAACAGAAAAACACGGUUAAAAAGGGUUAAAGUGGCCAAAAUACGAAGCCUGAGGACACAAACAGAAUGCGACCAGAAACCGAGCUCGAGUUGGAGACAAGAGAUACCCUGCAAGUUCCUCGCAAGUACAACAACACGCCUUCAUCUGGUGAAGUUCUACAGUUAUAUGUAAUGGAGAAAAAAAAA